AUGGCUUGCCUUGAUUUUGAUGCUUCGAAAGUGCUAAAGAAGAUGGUCUCAAUGCGCAACGGGGCAAGGUAUCUGGACUUUGUUAUAAAGGAAAGGCGUAAGUAUGUUGAAUGGGUUGACAAGGUGCUGCUCCAACCAGACAAGUCUUUGGCAUUAGAUUAUUUGAGAGUUGCUUUUUAUUUGGACAAUUUUUAUGGAGAUGAGACUCAUAACUGGCUUCAGCAUGCAUUUGCAAGGAGAGUGCAAAGGCUAGAAUUGGACCUGUUUCCAGAUGAUGGCCCGCCUUCUUCUCCAGAAUCAUAUACUUUUGAUUGUGUAUUUCUUCGCUGUAGCAGUGGCAAAUCUCAACCUGGUUACCCUGAAAUCCAUCAUCAUGCACAGAUUGGCUUCAAGUCCCUUAGAGCAUUGAGUUUGAAGAGUCUGAAUGUAACUGUGGAGGUACUAGAAUUUUUCUUUAUCAACUGUCCAUUUCUUGAGCGCCUGGUAGUGGGGGGCUCUUCAGUUUUGAUCAACCUUCGAGUUUGUGGUCCAUCUAUUGCCUUGAAAUAUCUGGAGGUAUGCAGCUGUUUGAGGUUACAAUCCAUUAUUGUCAGCGACACAAAUUUAGUCUCCCUUAAAACUACUGCAGCACAUCAUCUUUUACUUCAGAAUGUCCCCAUGCUUGUGAAUGUAUGGUAUGUCAUUUCUUGGCUUUUUUGCUGCUUGUCACAACUAGAGAUUAUUACUUUACGUGCCAAAGAGCUUCAAGUUUCACAGGAAAAAGGAAUUGUUCAUGAGCUUCCUCAACUUACCAAUCCGAAGGAGUUCGUCUUAAUAGAUUUUGCAUCAAAAGAUGAAAGUUUGAUUGGAUUUACUUCUUUGAUCAGGGCUUCGCCCAGCUUGGAGAAGUUUGUGCUGAAGUUGGAAUCAUGGUGGAAUGAUAUGGUUAGGGGAGAUAGAAAGUUGAAGAAAGCUGCCAGCUUUCCGCUCCAACAUUUGAAAGUGGUUCAGUUACUUGGAUACUAUGGUCGCAGAAGUGAACCACAGCUUGUUGAAUACUUCCUCGAGAAUGCUAUUGUCCUCAUGAUCCGCGUAAAUUCAAUUCGCCCAAAACGCGCAAGGAAAAGAAGCGGGAAAAGAAGUAGGAAAAGUUAG